UGUUUUUAUACAACAUCAGACCUGUCUAUACAAGCAGAACUUCAUAAUGAUGUGAGGCUUGUGUACUGACAUUUGCCAAAUGUUAAAUGUUAGAGAGAACUGACCUAAAAUGUGGUAAGCUUAGCCAAUGUUUAGGUAGUUUAACACAAAACUCAGGAGAGGAAUGGAUAAUAUAAUGCGAGCAACCAGACAGUUUCAGUACUUCUUUUACGGAAAAUAUACACUGGGAAAAACAACAUUGUGAAAUAUUGUGUAAUUAUGAAACAUAACACUGCAUAAAAGAAGAGGAAAUGUGUCUGAUUGUGUCAUACGACAGACGAUUAGUUUUAACAUGUUGUGUGUUCCAGCCCUAGAAAUCAACCCUGUGACAUUAGCAUUGUUAGCAUCAUGCUCUGUUACAGAAACACUGUAGUCCUAUGGGAAGCAGGUUACGUGUUUCCUCGUGUACUGUGUGUCGACAGCUGUCAUCGGCUCGCUGCAGUUUGGCUACAACACAGGAGUCAUCAAUGCACCUGAUGAGAAAGUAAAGAACUUCUUCAGAAAUGUGACACUGGUUCGUACCGGAGAGCCCAUGCAUGCCUCUACCGUCACAACAGUGUGGAGUAUUGCCGUAUCUAUCUUUAGCGUCGGAGGCAUGAUCGGCUCUCUCUGUGUAGGUGCUCUGGUUAACAAGCUUGGGAGACGGAAGUCCAUGCUGGUGUCCAACAUCCUGGCUGUGAUUGGUGGAGGGCUGAUGGGAUUUUCCAACAUGUGCAACUCCCAUGAGAUGAUGAUAUUGGGCCGUCUGGUGAUCGGUGUGUUCUGUGGUCUGUGUACAGGGUUGACGCCCAUGUACGUGGGUGAAAUUGCUCCAACAGCACUGCGAGGGGCCUUUGGUACCCUUCACCAGCUUGGGGUGGUCAUCGGCAUCUUGGUGGCACAGAUCUUUGGUUUGGAGUCAUUGCUGGGGUCUCAGGAUUUGUGGCCAUUGCUGCUGGCUUUGACCACCUUACCUGCAGUGCUGCAAAGUGUUCUGCUGAUUUUCUGUCCAGAAAGCCCUCGCUACCUGCUUAUCAAUUUGAAUAAAGAGGAAGAGGCACGCCAGGUGCUGACAAAUCUUUGUGGGCAUUCAGAUGUGGAGGAUGAUAUUCGGGAGAUGAAGGAAGAGGCCAUGAAGAUGGCCAUGGAGAAGAAGGUAUCGAUUCCAGAGCUGUUUCGCAAAGCCGCCUACCGACAACCCAUUAUCAUUGCCAUAAUCCUACAGCUAUCCCAGCAGCUGUCUGGUAUCAACGCUGUGUUUUAUUAUUCAACAGCGAUCUUUAGGAGUGCAGGUAUCACUGGGCCUGUCUUUGUCACUAUUGGGGCAGGAGCAGUCAACACUGUCUUCACCGUGGUUUCUCUCUUUCUGGUGGAGCGAGCGGGCAGAAGAACCCUUCAUAUGAUUGGACUGGCUGGAAUGGCCUUCUGCGCUCUUCUCAUGACCAUCUCUCUUGGACUAGUGAACCCUGCAAGACCAGCGGUGGAGACCGGACUGGUUCAGAAUAGCACCGCCAUACCAACAUCAUCUGAAGGAGGAACUUCAGCAGUCAGCAUUUUGGCCAUUGCAGCAGUGUUUGGAUUUGUGGCUAGUUUUGAAAUGGGACCUGGACCAAUCCCAUGGUUCAUAGUUGCAGAGUUAUUUGCUCAGGGUCCACGGCCGGCAGCCAUCGCUGUGGCUGGAUGCUCCAACUGGACUGCCAACUUCCUUGUUGGACUGCUGUUCCCACAACUAUUGGAACUGUGUGGUCCGUAUGUGUUCAUCAUAUUUUUCAUUCUCCUUAUAUUCUUCUUCGUCUUCACCUACUUCCGAGUUCCUGAGACCAAGGGACGGACCUUUGAAGACAUUGCCAGUGGAUUUGCCAAUACCGCAGGUCCAAAUGCUCUGAACUCUUCCUCUCCAGAGGGUGUAUUCGCUCUAUCUGUAUCCCCAUCAUCAGAGAAGUUCCAGAUGGCUGAAUUGAGCGGACAGGAGACAGUAAAAAGUGGGACAAAUCUAUAGAAAUUCCCAGGAGAAAUAAACAUAUAUGACACUGUAAAUGGUCGAACGUGACCUACAGCAGUUAAUAGAAAACGGAGACAUUAAAGGCCAUUACUGCAGAUGAAAUAGCUCAGAGUAGGAACAUUACGUACAGUACAGGGUAUUUACUCUGUGAUGAUGUUUCAGGGGUUGAAAAAAUAUUUGCAGCUACACAAAAUCGAUCUCAUUACUGUUUCAUUAUUACUUGAUAAAUUAUAGAUUGAUAUUUGCACUGUUUUUAAACUGAUAAAUAUAUAUAUAUAUUAAAUUAAUGUUACUUACAAGCAUGACAGAUAGCAGCCAUAAAUCAAAUUACUGCAAUAAAUAUUUUCCUAUCAGUAUUUUAGAAUUCCGAAAGACAAAGAGCUCAAGAGAUCCUCAACAGGUUGGUUAUUGCCCUAUGAUUUUGUCUAUAUGAACUUAAGCAAGUGUUGUUGUUAUACCAGUUUAUGUAGUUAAUAUGUGUUGCAGAUGUCCAGCCGAAUGAAGUAUCUGUUUAAAUGGUGUUGUUCAUCUCUAAAAUAUUUUGCAUGACAUGCUAUCAUUCAGGAUCAUUGAAAUAACACUACUGAUGCAGGAACACAUGACAGCCCAGCGAUCACAUGCAUAUAUUCAGUAUUGCUUUUUUUAUUUUUUAAUAUUGCAGUUUGCUUAUCAGGGGGGUUAAGAACAUCAGUUUUUAUUUUUGCUACUGUUUAUAAUACUGUAUUGUAUUACUACAUUUUGUUACAGUGUUUUCUGUAUUUAACAUAUUUAUAUAUUUUUGUUAUAUUUAUAGCUUUUAUGAUUUUGUAACCCAUUUCAGAAGUGUUUAACUUGUUUUAAAAACAACGACCUAAAUAUAUGUGUAAUGAUGACAUGAGCAUUUCAUAUUUAUUUUUGGGAGAGAGAAUGAUUGAUAAAGAACACAUCCAUUCCCAUUAGUCAUAAUGUGAUGUCACAUCAUGUGUUUGUGACUGUUUGCAUCACAGGAACUCUGUGGAUAUGUUGAUAUAACUCUGACUUCAGUGUCAUGACAAAACUUCCUGAAAUUUAUGUUCCACCCAAUACAUCAUCCAACAAAUAUUGCUUUGUAAUUCACAAUAAUGUGUUUUCAAGUUUUCUUACUAUUCCCAUUAUUCUUACUGUUUAUUUUAUUUCUGGUGAUCGUUCAUUCGCAAAAAUAAUAACUACGUUUUAAAAUAUUUUCAAAAAUCAUGUUUUUAUUCCAAGUAAUGUCAAUCAAACUGCAGCUGGGUUUUGAUUAAAUAGUAAUAACUUAAAAAAACAUGAUUUUUGAUAAUUAAAAACUGAGUUAUACAAAGUAUUUGCAAAUGAACUCUUCCACCCUCAUUUGUUUUUAACCAUGAAUGAUAUAAAAAUAUGAAUGUAAUGUUUAUGAAAUUAGCUUCAUUAUU